GCAGCAAAAUGAAGCCCGCCAUUAAAACGGCCAUACUACUUCUAACGCUCCUAACGCUCGCUGGAUUAGUUCAGCCCCGAAUUUUGCCUCAAGAUUACACAAAUAACCACUCAAGUCGGAUGCGAUUGCUCACAAGUGCUUCACUCAAGCAUUCGGCAUCACAUUCGGUGGCCGAAACCAUCUGCCGAUGGCUCGGUUAUUGGGCUGCGGAUGAGAUAAAAUUUGUAUGCAAUGGGCUUGUAAAAAGGGAGAUUGAUGAUCUUGGGAGAAACCCAAGGCCCGGGCCUCCAGCCCCGCGAGCCGGACCCGGUUCUCGACCCUAAUUGGCUGCUUAUUGACACAUGAUAGUUAGUUAAAGGGAAUUAACAAGAGAUAUGAGGAUAAUUAGAUGUGAGGUUUUAAGCUAAAAAGCACAUUAUAGCAACUAGGCCUGUGAUGGUUUAUACCUAUUUUGUCGUUUUUUUAUGGGGAAGGAAUCUCAAUAUGUAGCAUCAUUCACGCGUUGACUAUUUUUUUUGCAUUAGUUUAUGAAGUAGCUUUAUUUUUACUUAUUUAUUAUUUUUUUGGUACAGCCAAUAAAGCUUAUUGUCUGUCCCACCCCGUCGGCUGUGGCGUUCAUGCGUUAGUAAGGAGUAAGGACACUCGCAUAUUAGUCGAUACGAAAAUUUGCAUUAGAUCAGUUGAACCGGAAACACAACGAACGCACAUUGACCUCGAGCUCCAGUGACCGGAAAAACCUCCGACGCUUAAGUCAGUACUUGCUCUUGAGAACAAUCGGUAAAAUAACAGGCUUAAGUGCGUAAAAUAAGAAAAUCGCAAUUUUAGUUCAGUAGCUUAGACCGUUUCCCAUUUUAGUCCAAUAAUUUAGUACGGUCUAAAAUUG